AUGAAGUUCACAACCAUCACUGCCGUGUUCCUGAGCACCCAUCUCACCACCGCAGCGGCCAUCGCUCCUGCGGUCUACGUCAAAAACCAAGAGGAAGAACAAGUCGCCGACGCCAAGGAGACCCAUAACCUCGUCCAAGCCGAGGGCAUUCUCAACACGGCGCGCUCCUGGUCGGUCGGCAACGUCCGCAGGCUCCGCUUCCGGGGCCCCAGGAAAGUCAGCGCUGCCAUGAGGCUUGUGGCUUGCGAUGGAGGCAUCUACAACAACCACGAGAAGGGCUUGACUGAGUUCAGAGCUUUUUAG